AUGGACAAAUUUCCUUGGUCAUUUUUUUUCUUCCCAAACUUUUUCCCCGAUACUUCUUCUCUGCAUGCGAUUUUUCCAUUGGCGAUUUGUGAGACAUCGAAUACCAAAUUCAGACCGCCAUCUUCAUCUGCUUCGUUAAGUGAUACGUCGUCUAAAAGACCAGAGGAGGACUUGCAAUGGGCAUAUGGUGACGCGACUUAUGGAAUUCAGGAAAAGUGCUGGUGUGGUCGGGUCUUGAAGGUGGAAACGUGUACUGCUGAAGGUAGUCAUGGGCGAAAGUACUUAACUUGCCCUGACCGGCUAGAAGAGGGGAGUGGAGUGCAUUUGUUCCAAUGGUGGGAUGUUGGUGUUACCGAGCAACUUGGGAUUCUCGAGAGGCAGGUGAAAUAUCAAAAGGAACAGAUGUGGAAGCUAGAGACUGAUAUCAAGGGAGAGGUUCGAGGUCUUCGAGGAGAGGUGGAGAGUCUGAAGGAGGAGGUACGAGUUCUUCGAGGACAGUUAACGAGGCUCAACCAGACGUCAUUUCAGAAAUGAAUAAAGAUGGCUUGGAUGAGAAAUAUGAAGCAUUAUUAUGGAUGUCACGGGCUAUCUUUCUCUUGUUUUUUCUGAUUUGUCUUGUACUUUUAUCUGUCCACUUUUAUUUGUCUCUGUCUGAACUUUUAUUUUGUAUUCAAGUGUCACGGUUAAUGUUG